AUGGCUAGCACUCCCUUGCGCCAACAGCUUAGCACCAUGAGGCAAUCAUUCUUCGAUGAGGGACUUUUGGAUCAUGGACAAGUGAGUUAUCUCGAGACUCUUGAAAAUGAAGAUGAUCCCGACUUCAUUGAAAAUAUUUUCACCUUGUUUUUAAGGGAUUCAUCUAAAUACAUUGCUUCUAUUGAGAAGGCUUUCAUUGGUGCGACCAAAAUCAAUGACGAAACCAAUAAACUCAGAGGAUUUUGCCAUGAAGGGGAUUUAGAAAGUGCCAAGGCGUCUCUCCAAAAACUGAAAGCAGAACAUGCCAAUUUCAAGCAAAAGCUUGCUGUUUAUGUUGGGAUAAUGAAGCAAGUCAAGCUCUCUGAGUGCUGA